AUGACAGACUUCCAGAUCUUUCAGGCCCGUGGCCUGUUCUUCGUGCUGGGCACUCAGCUCCACGUUUUUGUUUUCCGUAAAGGGGAAUGGGAUAAAUCCACCACCAGACUCUUUAGGAACUUCACCUUGGGUAUUGGACUGCUCACAGCGGUUCUUGCCCGCGGGGCCCCUGAGACCUUUCAGACUCACGCGGCUGCGCUCAGGACUGCUGGAUCUCUCACAGCCACUCUCAUCGCUGGAAUUUACACCAGUCUACUUGUGUACCGCGCGGCGUUCCACCGGCUUAAUGGCUUCAAGGGGCCGUUCCUGGCGAGGCUGUCGAAUCUGUGGAUCACCUCACGAGCAGUCAAGGAGUUGCACAUGUACACCGAGGUUCAGCAACUCCAUGAACAAUACGGCGACAUUGUGAGAAUUGGUCCGACGGAGUUGUCCAUCAACAACCCAAAGGCCGUACUUCCAAUUCACUCAAAUCGCUCACCGUGUACCAAGGGCCCUUGGUAUGGAGUCCUGCAUCCCAUGUACUCGUUGCAGCUCGUCCGAGACAAGCAAGAGCACGCGCAAAGGCGCAAGAGUUGGGACCGAGGGUUCAGCUCGAAAGCGCUUAGAGACUACGAGUUCCGGGUUGCCGACUACACCAAUCAGCUGCUUGCAAACAUCGACAAGAACAAGGGAAAGCCUUUCAAUAUUUCAGAUUGGUUCAAUUUCUAUAGCUUCGAUGUCAUGGGAGACUUGGCUUUUGGCAAAUCUUUUGGCAUGCUCAAGGAAGGCAUUAAGCACUACUUCAUGACUUCCUUGCAUCAAGACAUGCAAGCUAUUGGCAUGUUCAGCCACAUGCUAUGGCUCUUCCCCAUCUUCAAGAACACGCCAAUCUUGAAUGAGAACAACAAGCGGUUCUGGAAAUUUGUCACGGCUCAGGUGGACGAGAGAAUCAAGAACCCCCCUGACCGCCCGGACGUCUUCUCGUGGAUUUUGGAAGAGUACCAAUCUCUCAAGAACCCGACUUGGCAAGACACCCUCAACCUAUACGGCGAUGCCUACCUUAUCAUCGUUGCAGGAAGUGACACGACAGCCGCGUCCCUCACCUGUCUCUUCUUCGAGCUAGCCCAGAAGCCGGAUGUCUACCAGCGUGUAAGGGAGGAGAUCGACGACUACUUUGCGCAGAAUGCGGAGCCAGAACACUCCGCACUGUCAAAGCUCCCGUACCUGCAGGCGUGCAUCGAUGAGACGUUGAGGCUUCACCCUCCCGUUCCGUCGGGUGUGCAGCGCAUGACCCCGCCCGAGGGCAUAGAUAUCGACGGGACGUUUAUUCCGGGUGACACAAUCAUCCAGGUGCCUACGCAUACCAUGUUCAGAGACGAGCGUCUGUUUCCGCAGGCAAACGACUUCAUUCCCGAGCGGUGGACCACCCGGCCCGAUCUGGCCAAAGAUCCUGCCGCAUUUGUUCCCUUUGGUACUGGCAAGUACUCGUGUGUCGGAAAGCAGCUGGGCUUGAUGGAGAUCCGUUACUGCGCAAGCCAAAUUAUUAACCGAUAUGAUGUUGCAUUCGCCCCAGGGCAGAAGGCAGAAGCGUUUAUCAAUGGCAAAAAGGAUGGUUUUACGCUGUCGUUGCCGGAGUUGGAAGUGAUUUUCAAAGCGAGGGAGAAGGGAAAAGUGACAGCUUAG